UGCUGGGCGUAGCGGUACGCCGCGUCUCCCUCCGGCGAUCCGUACGAUGCUGCCCUUCGACCUGCCGCGGCGGGGUGAGAGGUCGGGCGGCCAUCUUGUGGCGGCGGCGGCGGCGGCGGCGGCGGCGGCUUGUUGUCGGUGAGGCUGCGUCGCGCCCUCCCCCGCGGGCGGAGCUAGGCCCGGCGCGGGCCGGCCCGCCGCCAUGUCCUCCUUCUCGGAGUCGGCACUGGAGAAGAAGCUGUCGGAGCUGAGCAACUCCCAGCAGAGCGUUCAGACGCUCUCGCUGUGGCUCAUCCACCACCGCAAGCACGCAGGGCCCAUCGUCUCCGUCUGGCACCGGGAGCUCCGCAAAGCAAAAUCAAGUAGGAAACUUACUUUCCUAUAUUUAGCAAACGAUGUCAUCCAGAACAGUAAGAGGAAAGGUCCUGAAUUUACUAGGGAGUUUGAAUCUGUUCUGGUGGAUGCUUUUUCUCAUGUUGCCAGAGAAGCAGAUGAGGGCUGCAAAAAGCCCUUGGAACGAUUGCUUAACAUCUGGCAAGAAAGGAGUGUGUAUGGCAGUGAGUUCAUACAGCAACUGAAACUUUCUAUGGAAGACUCCAAUAGCCCCCAAACUAAAGUUGCAGAGGAGAAGAAGUCUUUAAAGCGGACAUUUCAGCAAAUACAAGAGGAGGAAGAUGAUGAUUACCCUGGGAGCUACUCACCCCAAGACCCUGGUGCUGGGCCACUGCUGACCGAGGAUUUGAUUAAAGCCCUACAAGACCUGGAAAAUGCAGCAUCAGGAGAUGCAACAGUGCGGCAAAAAAUUGCCUCCCUGCCUCAGGAAGUUCAAGAUGUUUCAUUACUGGAGAAAAUUACAGACAAAGAGGCAGCUGAACGUCUUUCAAAGACCGUGGACGAAGCAUGCCUGUUACUAGCGGAGUACAAUGGCCGGCUGGCAGCAGAGCUGGAGGACCGGCGCCAGCUGGCACGCAUGCUGAUCGAGUACACCCAGAAUCAGAAGGAUGUAUUAACAGAGAAGGAGAAGAAGCUAGAAGAAUAUAAACAGAAGCUUGCUCGGGUAACCCAGGUCCGCAAGGAGCUGAAAUCCCACAUCCAGAGCCUUCCAGAUCUGUCACUGCUGCCCAAUGUCACAGGAGGUCUGGCACCUCUGCCGUCUGCUGGUGACCUGUUUUCAACAGACUAGAACAAACGGUGUCCCCCAGUUUCCAUUAUUACCAGCAGAAGUAAGAAGACUCUGGUGUUGACUGGAAAUCCAGUCUUCCAAGAUCUACAGUAGGAAGGAACUUGCAGACCCUGCUUUCAACCUCUUGGCUGCUCAUGCUCACCCUCUCUCUGUGUACAUGGGCUCACGUUGAGGGGAGGAAGAAGAGCGAGUUUUUGUGAGCUCUAAAGGGAGUAGGGAUAGUCCAUAUAGGCAAACUUUUCUCAUAUUUUUCCAUACUCUUUAGUUGCUGUUUGCUCUUAGCACUUGUUACCCCCAACAAAAGUCAUAAGAAUCAUGUACAUACAUACCUGGAAAGUUUUCAAAGAAAGGUUGACCAUAUAACAUUUUUCCCCUGUAAAAGCAUUGUAUUAUUUCUGAAUAAGUCUUGUCUGGUUUAGUUGGGUUUCUGAACCUCAUCUCUGAGAGCAGUAGAGUGACUGGUGGGCUUGGGGGGAGGGGGGUGGUGUAUGCAGGUACUGUACCAUGUCGGUGUAAGAAGGCAUCUACUGAGCAGUGGUACAGAGAAAUAUUUUUCUUAAAUCUACAGUUCCUCAUACUGUUGUGGGACUGACAUGAACAUAGUUCUUAUUUGGCAUGUACAUAAAUUGAAACUCACCACAGGCAAUAAAAAUAAGCAGCUUUUCUUUGUGAAUUAGACAUAGCUUCAUAAUUCACACACUGCUGAGCGAUGCAGAACUGGAUAUUACCUAAAUGAGAGUGGAAGUAAAUUUUGUUCUAGCUACCUUAGAUUUAUACCACAUUUUUCCUCUUCAUUAUACAAAAUUAGAUGGUCACAGAAGCUUUGGUGUAACGAACUGAGAGGUUGGAGUGGUGUAUUGCAACUGUUGAUAUCCCUGUGACAGGCACUGUCUGAUCUACUCUCAGGAUGGUUACAUUAAAAAUACUAUUCUAUAAAUUCUCUCCAUAGCUUUAGUGAAGAUAUUUGAUGCACAGAAGUUAAAUGUGGUAUAAAUAUUUAUUUAUAUAGAAAAUAGACCCAUAUAUAUGCACAUAUCCUGUAUGCACAUGUAUCAUGUCCAUGCAUGUAGAUAUUAGAAGGAUGUACUUAAUUUUGUGUCACAGAUUAUUGCGAGUUGAUUUUUAUAAUUGGGAAAAGUCAAAAAAAAAGAAGAGGAGGAAAGAAGGCAAAUUUAAAAUGCUCUUAAUUCCAUUAUUUUGCUAGCUAAUGUUUUAGGUGCCAUGGAUGUAGUUACAUUUCAGUUUGUGUGUUAGGUCUAACAAGCUGGACUGAUCACUGAAAACCAUUCCAAUUUGGAUAACAAUUCUGUUUAAAUUUAGCACCUCUCACUGUAAAACAUUUUAAGUUUCUGGAAACACUUGAUCUGAUAAUACAGGUUUUGUAAAACAGAGGCUGAAAUUAGUUGAAGUGAUGUGCUGUGUUUGUGUCUCCCUAUAGUCUUAAGCUGCUGUUGUCAAAGACAUGAGAGGAAACCUACCUACAGAAAUGCAAAGCUUGUUCUGCGUCCUCAUUAAUUUAUUUUACAGGGUAUUCAGUAGCCUAUUCAGCAUUCAGUUAAAUAAUACAGCAUUUUUUGGUCAUUAAGUUAAGAAGCUCACGUGCUUUUCUUACUGAGGCUUCAUUUUGUCCUUUUUUUAAAACUCCUUGCACCCUUACUGCCCAGCCAAGAAAUCUGUUUUUUCUCUUAGUUUACAGGAACUUUUCCAGUGGCAGAACUAUUCUUUCCAUGAAUUGGUUUGAUUGUACAGCCUUUUAUGGUCCAAACAUUAUUUAGAUAAAGCACUGUACGUUCUCUCUGCUUUUGCCAAAACUGAAAAACAAAAAAACCCCCACCAAACCUCAAAAACCCAAACCAAAAGACUCAUUUCUAUCCUGUCUCAGCUCAUGGAGUUACCCUGAAGCUGUUUUAACUAAUAAUGAUUUUGAACAUUGACUGAAUGUGUAUCCAUUAUAGGACAAAAAAAGCUGUCUAAAAAAACCCUGAUGUAGACAAAUGUGUUGACAUCUCACGCUGUUUUGGGCAGAUCUUCUGUGAGAGAGUUGUAUGUUGGUUGGUUUUUUUUUUUUGUUGGUUUUUUUUUUAAUUGAAAUGUUUUGAUUUUUUUUUUCCAAAUAUAUGUGUGUGUUUUAUUUUGCUUAAUUUAAAUGAAGUCUUGUGGUUUUUAAUUUUAUUUGUUUUACUUUUUGGGCAAAGGGCAUCUGGUGAACUGGGUGACGUUCUCUCAAGGUUAAACAGAUUUCCCCAAGGUGUGUCUUUUUUUAACAAAAGCUUAAAUCUGUAUAUGAAUUGAUUUAGGAAUUAAUUUAGACAUAUAGGCUGCCAUUUGUGACAGCAGUAUAUUCUGAAAUGUCUCAUAGAUAUCUAUUUUUGAAUAAAGAGGGUGUCGUUGAA